GACGAGGCAAGAGGAACCAGUGGAAGCGAGAGAGAAUAGAGAAGAGGAGGAAGGGAGGGAGUAGAACCAAAGGAGAGGUCCGACACAUUACAAAGAGCAGAGAUAGAGCUCAAGGCUUCAUUUGUUCGUUGAAGGAAGAGGCAACAAGGCUGAAAAAUAUGGGCGAUUCUUCCUUGUUUCCGGAAGUUGUGAAUCAAGACUUUCUUGAUGGGCUCAUCCACAAGAAGAGGAAAGAAUUGCAGCAGAUGGCCAAGGCUUUUGGAAUCAAAGCCAAUCAAACGAAUGAAAAUAUUGUCGCUCAACUCCGUUCGGAGCUAGCGCUGCAGAUUCAUAAGGACCCGACUCAGGAGAUGACAUUAGAGGAGGUUCGAAAGGAGGAAACGCAAAAAGAUGCUGUUGAAAGUUAUUUGCAAUUUCAAAGCAGAUCUGAUUUGCAAUUACUCUCAAAAAAACAUGGUAUCAAGGCUUCAAGGAAGACAAAGGACAUCAUAUCUGAACUUGUGAAUCAUGAGGGUGCCCGCAAGGAAAUAUUGGCUUUGCAAUCGCAGGAGCAGGACGAUAGUUCUCCUUCAAGGGAUGUGAUCUCAAACGGACGGAAAUUCUCACCUAAGCUCAGAUCGCCGGGAAAUCAGACACCCGUGAAGGAUUCUCCUGAUGGUAAAGAGCAUUCGCCAAACUCACUCAGCAAGAAGUUUGGAACCAUCAAGAGUCCGAAAAACACACCGAAGAAUGAUAUCAAUCAAGAAGAAGCCCUUGCAUUGUCUUCCUGUCAUGAAUUUUGCUUGGCUCAAGACGAAGGAGGAAAGAUGAAAUGGGACUUGCCAAACAAUAACUCAAGAAAUUCUCCUACAACAUUGAAGUCAGCACAUCGACUGCCCAACGACC